UCUUUCUUUUUUGUUCUUUUCUGUGCAGUACAUGCGUAAACUAAUAAUGAGUUCAAAAUGUUGGAGAUCCAAAACAAUCCACCUGUCAAACAUAAAUGAGUUGAUCAAAACCAACAACUCACAAUUUAUUGCAGAUUGACAGCUGACCUAACUCUGUCAGAAUAAUAUCUGAACACUCCAUGGUCAAUGUGUUGUUAAACUGCAGAAAAAAUAAAAGAAAACACUGAGAGAAGCUCACAACUGCUUGCUGCAAUGGCAAACUACUGACUUUUCUUAAUCUUUUUUUAAAUUUUAUGUGUUUCCAAAUAAAAACCUGUAUUUUCAAAUUACUUCUACAAUUUUAGACCUGCAUUUUAUUGCGUUGCCUUUUUUUUCAAUAUUGAUGUUGUUCUUUUUUCGCUACUACUGAUAAUCUGAAGUCAGAUUGACUCGAACUAAUUUCUUAUUGGAAGCUCUCCUUUUCACCCACAAGAAUGUCAAGAAGGUGAUGACCAACCACAACAAUAGCUACCUUUUUGUUUGUGCUCUCUGUAUAUCAUACUACAAUCACACUCUUUCUGGAGAAUCAAAUAUCACGACCAGGCUUAAGACAAGGUCUAAAUGAUCAUGGCAAAGGAACAAUACGAGAACAACAUGUCAAAGACUUAUGUUCUGAAAGUCAGCAUGCACUGCCAGUGCAAUGGUUGCAUCAAGAAGAUCAACGACGGGGUGAAAGAGAUCGCCCUUUCAGAAGGGGUGGAGAGGGCUGACCUGGUGGUGGAGACGGCAGAGGUGAUAGUGGUUGGGAGAAUGGACCCAGAGAAGCUCUGCUGCUUGCUGCAUGAACUAACGCAGAAGCAUGUGAAGAUAGAAACCGAAAGAACCGUAUCUGAAGGAGAAACUGCAGCUUCUCGGGAAACCAAGAACCGCUUUGGCCAGGCUACUUCGGGCUUAUUCGCUUUGGACACAUCAGAAGAAAGCCCAGUAACACCUGUUACGCUGAGCGCACCGCCAGUUCCCGAGGCAUGGAGGAGCCAGACCGUGCCUUCCCAGAGAUGCGCUUACCGUUGGUCGCUACCUCUGCCCGGCCCACUCGGCGUGUGGGCCGCGUCUGACAUCGAGGGGACAAUGGCGGUGUACGAUCUCUGAAAGCUUGUUCAACAGCACAACCAGCAGACGCUGCUGCACUCUGUCAUCACCUUCGCUUUGUGCUAGCUGAGUUUUUUGUUGCUCAAGCAUUUUCCGCCAAGAGCUUUAACCGAUGUGUUCCUUGUUUCUAUCCGUGGCUUAAUGACACGGGCAUGCUCUCUUUUGCUUCGUUGUUCAUUCGUGAUGUUGUGCAGUAGAUAGGAAUCCAGGGGAGAGGUGUAGGAACUGGGCAUGGAAUCCCAAGUUUCAUCAGCAUUGCUUGUAUAAAAGCGGGUUAGAUUGUCAUGUUGUGCAGUAGUACAUAGGAAUCCAGGGGAGGAGUGUAGGAACUGGGCAUGGAAUCUCAAGUCCUAUGUGUUAAUGGGCUGGCUGGAGUUAGUGGGGAGUCUUUGCUGCUGCUCUGUUUUAUUGCUGUGAUGAGUUGGGCAAGUAAAUUUGGUCCAAGGCCCUAAAUUAUCAAUAAAAAAUGUCAUUGAUCUUUGGAUGCA